UGCCCACUCUUAUGUAGAAUCACACCGGAAUAGCGUUUUAUGUUUAUAUCAUUUGUUAUUAAUUCAUGUUAAGAAUGAAUGAACGAUCCCUGAACAAUACUAUCAUCAUCUAGGUAUUUCGGGAAUCCCAUUUUUCCGCAAAAAAAAGUGACAAUAUAUAUAUUAAUUUGACUUUAUUUUGAUAUUUUGACCGGAUAUCAUACUGUUAAUCUUGGUGUAAUGUAACUUAACAUUCCUGUCGGUCGGUGUGCACAGUCGACCUCCACGGUUACCUUCCGCUCAGUCGUCACUAAUAACCGGUCCCAGCUUGCUUCGACAUAACGCUGAAGGAUAAUAACUCGACCUAAUCCACCACGUUCAUGGCCGUUAUCCUUUUCUCUUUUAGUAACCCCACCACUCUUUGAAAAUUCCGCCUAAAAAGAAAAAGCGUUCUGUCCCCUCUUUUGGGUUUUCAGCCAACGUGUACAACAACUAUCCAGAGGAUCUAGGGGCAGCUCUCUACCGAGAGCCGUUUGACUUCAACGCCGAGCCACCGUGGGAUCCUAGCUGAUAGUGGACGAGUUCCUCCCAGAACUCAUCCAUUUUGUUGCAUAAGUCUAGGACCCCAGGGGCUUGAGUCGGUGCGAGCAAGACCACUUCGGACUAGCCACGUUCUUUAUGCCUGUCGGAUUAGAAGAAAACGGUUGAGAGGAUGAAAGGAAUCGCUGAUGAACCACAGUAUUCUGUCGGUCUACUGGAGGGAGGCACAGCCCUCUGUGAUGUGAUUGACAAUCAUAUUUACGAACAAACUCUGUCUGAGAAGAAUGCAUUCUUUGUAGCGGACCUGGGAGUUAUAAUGAGGCAGCACGUUCGCUGGCGAACCCACAUGCCCCAAAUUCGACCUUACUAUGCUGUCAGAUGCAACAGCAGUCCAGCUGUUAUUGAAGUUCUUGCUGCCCUCGGAACUGGAUUCAUUUGUACCAACAAGUCUGAGCUUGAGCUGGUCCAGAGCCACAGUAUUCCCUCUGAAGACAUCAUCUACAGCGGUGUUUGCAAACAAGUCUCCCAGAUUAAAUACGCUGCUAAGAAUGGCGUUGACCUCCUGGUGUGUGACAAUGAAGCAGAGCUGCGCAAGAUUUCUCGCUGCCACCCCAAUGCCAAGCUGCUGCUACAGAUUUCAACAGAAGCGUCUAGCCAGGACAAUGAGAUGAGCAUGACUUUUGGCUGUUCCCUCAAGGACUGCAGGCACCUGCUGGAGAAGGCUAAGGAGUUGGGUGUGCAGGUGGUCGGGGUCAGGUCACACAUUUCCAGCACCUGUGAGGAUGACCAGGUGUACGUUCAUGCCAUAUCUGAUGCCCGUUGUGUCUUUGAUAUGGGAGAGGAAAUUGGCUUCAACAUGAAAUUCUUGGACAUUGGAGGUGGCUUCAGUGGAUCUGAGACCCAGCUGGAACUGAUCAAUAAAGCAGUCAUGUCUAUGGUGGACCUAUACUUCCCUCCUUCUACUGGAGUUUCCAUCAUUGCCGAGCCUGGCAGCUUCUUUGUGUCCUCUGCUUUCACUCUGGCUGUAAACGUCAUCUCCAAGGAGGCGGUGGCACGGGAUCGCCAGGACCACGCACAUGACGAUCCAUCUGUCAACGAUGAGCCAGAGUUCCAGUACCACAUGAACGAGGGCGUGUACGGAUCGUUUGCCAGCAAACUCUCUGAAACACUGAUUGCUGCUCCAUCUGUUUAUAAGCAGAACCCAUCCCUGGAUGCUCCAGUGUUCAGCAGCAGCCUGUGGGGUCCCUCUGGGGAUGACCUGGACCAGGUGGUGGAGCACUGCCUGUUGCCUGAGCUCAACGUCGGAGACUGGCUCACGUUCAGCCAAGCAGGGGCCUUCAGUAUGGGUCAGCCACUGUGCACCGCCACCGAUCCCCCACCACCCCCCGUGUACUCUGUCAUCUCCUCUAGAGACUGGUUUGAGAUGCAGGAUAUCGGUGUCACCCACGAGGCUACGCUGAAGAACUUCUCUUUGGUUCCUUAUUUCCUCGAUUCCUGCCAGACAGCGGCUGGUCUGUCUGUCCCAGCUUAGCAAUCACCAGACACAUGGGAGAACGUUCCUUUACUUGUUCCUGCUUCUAGCUUCCUCCGGUCCACAUUCAACUGGGAGGAGCUGAGCCCGCUGUGCAGAUAUAGCUUGAAAUAGCUUCGACCAGACUGAAUUCAUUCUACAAACCCCAACACAGAGUAAAGUAUGUGAUUAGUCCGCCGAAACCUAGGUAGAUGUUAAUUAGUGUGCAACAAAAUGGAUGACUCCUAAAAGACAGCGGCGUUCUUCCCUUUGCUUUGGGCGUCCCACGGCACUAUAGUUUACACUCGUACAGUAGACAUGUAAUGAUUUUAAAUGGUUAUAUUAUUUAUGUCUUAAUUGCUUUUGCCAGUCUUGUAAAGUAAUCCCAGAGUGAAGCGGUGUAUUUAAAUGGAAACACAGUUCAUAGCUUCACUGCAAGAUGUGUAUUUAUGAGUUUGUUGUAUAGUUAAUUCAGUGUGACAAGAGCUUGAUUUCAUUACAUGUUGUCCUUCUGGAAAGGUGAUGAGCGCAGUCUGCUCCGUUUGGUUGAGAAGCUAAUGGCUCAGUGUUGUGAGCAGCUUGCUCCCAGAGCAGUGAGGGGCCGGCAGGUAACUGCUAUAGCACGACAUAGCUUAGCAUGUGCUGCAGAUGGGACAAGGCAAGUGAUGGUGGAUGAUGAAUCAGAUGACAUGGAAUGGGGUUUCUAAAGAAAAUAAAAAGUAUUUAUAAUGCUAGAACCAUUUUUUGCUUUGUCUGCUCAAAAUGUUUAUUGAAUUUUGUUUUAAAAUAUUUUUUUUUUCUUCAAAAUUUAGGACUGUUGAAAGAAUAUUAUUCCUCAACUGCACAAUAUCUGUGAAGUUGUCUCCUAAUCUGUGUUUAAGGCAUGAUGGAAAAUAACUUCUGUAUCUGUGUUUGUCAACAUGAACAGUAAAACACCUCACUGACUGGACUGUGAA